UUAGCAUUGUCUAAUCAGGUAACAGGAUCGAGCUGGUUUUGUUUAGACGUUGAUCUAAGGUUUACCGUGACAUAAUAACUGGAAAUAGUUAGUGUUGAAACUGUAUCGGCUUUGCACAAGUUGGAAAUACCUGAUGGAGAUGAUCAUGUUUAUGGAGUGAAAAUUGUGGAUGCGUUCGGUAAUUAUGACAAUAAUGUGUUUUUAUUUAAUACUCAACUUAUGUGUGGUCUUUGGCCCGAUAUCUCAUGCUACCCAUGUAAUCGGGUCAGUUAUGUGUUUGAUUUAAUGGAUUUUUUACCAUGCCCUAGAAUAAAAUUAUUUCUAAAUAGCACACAUUGGAAACGAACAUACGAUGGCGUAUUUAAUAUAGGUAAUACAUUUGAAAUCGAUACGGACGAAUACGUGCACUUUAAUAAUGGGGCUAUAUCGUUGUGCUACGAUACAUAUCAGAAAUACAUGACUAUCAGUUCAAGAGUGACAUGGUCUACUGAUCAAUGGGUAUCGCUGGUAUGUAUUGUUGUUUCACUUGUAUGCCUUAUUUUAUCACUGAUGUCGUACGCUCUUCUUCCUACACUCAGAUUUAAUACGCCUGGGAAAAAUGCUAUGGCGUUAGUUAUAGCGCUUCUUACUGCACAUGUUGUUUACAUCGUUGGUAGUUUCGGACGACUCGAAGGUGAUUCAACGCUAUGCAAAGCAGUAGGUUUAUUGUCUCACUUUUCAUGGUUGAUGGUCAUCAUGUGGAUGAAUGUCUGUACAAUCCACAUGUACCGGGUGUUCCGUAAAACACAAAUAUUACCAUCUGAAACACACUUAAGGGAAUAUUGCUUAUAUAAUGUUUAUGCCUUUACGGUUUCAGCGACAUGUGUGGGAAUUAAUAGCUCGAUGUCAACACAUAUUAACAACAAUAUUGGUUACGGGUACAAAGUAUGUCACAUAAACUUACAAGAAAAUGUAAUUUAUACAUUUCUGAUCCCUGUUUGCCUAGUAAUCGUUUCGAAUUUUGCAAUGUUCAUCCACGUUGUCAACCGUAUCAGAAAUUCUAAAAUUGAAAGAAAUGUGCAAAAUGACCGAAAUGAGCUUCUCAUUUUUGUCAAACUAUCAACAAUUACAGGAAUGACUUGGAUAUAUGAUUAA